CUUCCGUAUUUGCCCAACCCCUUUGUAAAUAUAACUACUGACCUACUUCCAGCAAACGACACGCCAUACCUCGGCACGGUGCCUUGCUGCCGGCAGCUCGCGGGUAGUAUGGGAUCGAAGCUUUGAUCACUUUUCUUGAAUACAUAUUACCGAAUUGGCUCUAGGUAGUAAACAUGUCCGUGCUCACAAAGUGGCUGGGCCUGCCCUCAUUCUUGUUCUCCGUGUUUGUGUUCUACUGGAGUUUGCCCAUCUUUGCGAUCCUAUAUCGUAUCCGCUUCGCCUCUCUGGGGAAGCGCAAUGAUAUGCUCGACUGGGCCCGCGCGCUCGUCGCCUACUUCCGAGUAACGCUCCUGCAGGCGGGGGAGCACACGCUGUACAAGGGAGGGCCAUGCCUGUACCUGUGCAACCACCGCAGCUGGGCGGACUUCUUCAUUGACGCCUACCUCACUGAGGGCCGCGCGGCGCUCAUGAGCAGGUGGCUGGUGUAUUUCGUGUUCCCAGUGUUCUGUACCUCGUGCAUGAUCCUCAAGGGGAUAGUGCUGUUCAAGCGCGGCACCAUUGCGGAUAAAGAGGCCUUCAACGCCUGGCUUGACCAGACCCUGGGCAGCAGCCACGUGCCUGGGCUGCUGGUGUACCCCGAGGGCCACCGCAGCACCAAGCCGGCCAGCCUGCCGCUGAAGCGCGGCAUGCUGCACUACGCGCACAGCCGCAAGCUGCCGGUGCAGAUUGUCGUGACUCGCGGCAAGGACGAGGUGCUGAGUGAGAAGUCGCAGUCGGUGCACUUCGGCCGCACCUGCGUCACCACCUUCUCCAAGGUGCUCAAGUCGGCCGACUACCCCAACUUUGAAGCCUUCUUCACGGACCUGCAGGCGACCUGGGACUCGUGCUGGGCAGCCACGUACGGCCUGGAGGAUCUCAAAAACGUGCCGCGCUUCUCCAUGCCGGGGCCCCAGGCCUACAGCUACAGCUCCAGCAUGUGGGUCCAGCAGCUCGCCAUCACGCUGGUCAGCAUCCUAGUCUUUGCGGGCGUGUGCUACGGCUCCUGGCGCGGCUUGGCGGCGGCGCUGGCGGCGACCGGCGCGGCGCAGCAGGUGGUGGCACUGGUGCUGGCGGCCUGGGUGGGCAGCUCCGUGCUUCGUAGCUUCCUCUAGAUGGAGGGGCAAGCCUCUGAACUCUGUGCGGCGGUGAGGCUCUGAGAUCGCGAAUGUGGGGAAGACCUACAUGGCGGCUGGUUGAGGUUCCAGAGAGCGAUAUGGCGGAAAGAAGUCAAAGUGCAAGUUGUCAUAAAGUGCAGCUGGGCAGGCUGGGCGUUUGGGGGUGGGGGUGCGGUGGGGAGGCUGCUGCAUGGACUCGCUGCUUGAGUGCAGCUAGCGGUACAGGUGUUCAAUAGACGGACUGCUGGCGGGAUGCCUGCCUGCGCCUCUGGUGCAUGCAAGCUGCAUGAAAGUGGGUUACGAACCCGACUGUGCUGGCGCAAGUGCGGCAAGGACGCACAGACACAUGGUUACACAAUGUGGGGUCGUUGCCGAUUGUGAGGCAACCUCCUUGAGUACAGUCACCGUGAGUACAGUCAAGAGCCGGUCACCACCACAGGGCAUGCCCUUGAUUGGCAUCGCACCACAAACUGAAAUUGUAUACCUUAGUAUCUCUCCGUGCGUGCGGGUGCGAGGCGCGUUCUGAAUGCUAAGCGCUACGCACGCAUGUGUAGCCUGAAGAGUGUGCGAGCGUGUGUGUGCAUCAGAUGUGAGGCAUCUACCGUGAGGGUGAAGUGUGCGGCAGGGGUUAGGCUCCGACAUAGGUGCCGGCAAGCCGCGGUAGAAGUACGGGCCUGUUGCCAUACGUUGCAUUUUGCCAGCAAUCCAGCGAGCGCUCGGGCGGGCGAGGGCGCGGCUUGAUGGCAGUAGCCCUGCUGGCGAGUGACGUAUGCGCCGCCCGUUGUAAAUGGUCAGUGGU